UCCAUAGCAGAUUUCUCUUACCCUAACUGCUUCCUUGUCAGCAUGGAUCCCCAGUUCAAUUUUCGCUCGGUGUUUUAGUAUUAGUCUUUUAUUCUCUUUUGUAGAUAUUUGAUCGUAUUGGUUUUGUAGUAGUUCUGCUCGCCAUGUUUACUACUACGGGGUCGCGGGGCCUCUACAAGGCUCCUCUGUCCAAAGGCUUGUUGUUGGUGUUGAAUGGGCUGACUGUGAUGCUCACCCUCCUGCCACAGUACCAGCACAUGUUUGAGUACAAUCUGCAGGCCAUUACUCAGCACAAUCAGUUUUGGAGAUUACUAUGUGGGAGAAUCGUGUGCCUCGACAUCAAAGAUUCUUUUUGUAGUAGUCUACUUAUCUACAACUUCCGCAUUUUUGAGAGGAGGUUUGGUACCCGCAAGUUUGCUUCUUUCCUGCUGGGCACCUGGUUUCUGUCUGCGCUGAUGGACUUCCUGCUGACACAGGUCUUUGAGUUUCUUUUUGACUAUGAGGUGGAAGAACUGCCUGCUGGAAUGCUGGCACCAGUCUUUUCUCUUUUUGUGCCUUUUUAUAAUUCAAUCCCCAGGAUGCCAGUGACCCAGAUCUUGGGUCAAAUCCACAUCACUAAUAAGUCUCUGGUUUAUAUUGUAGGCUUGCAGCUGCUGACAUCCAGUCCUUUCAUGUGGCUUCUCGCUCUCAGUGGUCUGAUAUCAGGUGCCCUGUAUCACUGCAAUUUUCUUAAGAUGCAAAAGUUUGUAUUUGUGCCUGCCUGGGUCUCUCGUUUGGGCCGUUGUACCCUGGAGCCUGUUUUUUCAAGUACACAGCCUGUCAGUGAAACACCUAUAGGGAUGGGAGCUACUCUAGAUAUCCAGAGGCAACAGAGGAUGGACAUGCUCGACCAGCAGCUGCUGUUUGCUCAGUACAAUGAGGCCCGAAGAAAUGCAAGGCUUCAGCCUCAAGGUGGUCUAUUACAGUGGACUAGGUUGUUUCCAUCAUUGCGGCACAGGAGACAAAACCAUCCCACCGCACAGCCUCAGCCCCAGGGUCAAGCACACGCCUCUACACAGCAACCGCAGCUAGACAACUUACCUGCUUCUGAAGAACAGGUUGCAAGGCUAGUGGAAAUGGGCUUUUCCAGGAUCGAUGCCCUUGAAGCCCUCAGAGCCUCAAACAAUGAUAUCAACAUGGCAACCAAUUUCCUCCUGCAACAUUGAGGGAUCUGUAGAUAUACGACUGGAUUAGAACAGAGUCUAGUCCGAAGGCUGAAUAUUGCAUAGCAGGAAGUGAAGACCGAAAUGAGGAUGUAACAGAUGAACAGAUUAUGUGUUGUGUGUCUGACCUCACCUGGACAGAGCCUUGUGGCAUGGGGCAUACAUCCACACAGUUCUGGCUUGUUCGUAUCUGUCCAAGAGGUUCUCAUGAGAAAAAUGUCAAAUUUGUACUGAGAAAGUAUAAAGAGUGGAGCAAUAAUUGCAGUUAAGCAUUAAUGCUUUGUUUAAUCGGGAAAUCUAUGUCAAAGAAUGUGGUGAAACACAGAUGUAAAAGCACAGUUGUUACACAUGUGUCAAAAGGAUGUAAUCAAGUGAUAAUUUUUCAUCAUUUUUAUGGUGAGGAUUCAGGUUAUGUAAAAACUGCUGAGAGAACACAUGAUAUGUACUUAUGUUGACAAAAUUGGAGGAAAAUAGAUUUUAAUUAUUGGAGACAAGUUAUGAAAGGCUAUCUGAAAUGGAGUAAAUUAUUUUUGGUGACUUUUUAAAAAGCUGACCCCAUUCGCUGUUAAUGGAUAUGAGGCUAUACUUCCAUUUAUAAUGGGAUGGUGUUGCUUGGUGACUCAUGACCACCAUGCAGUCAGUUGUCAUGCAUUAAUCUCAGGGGCUCCCUGGCCACUUGUUUCAUUUAUACUUUACAAAAGUAAAGGCACGCACCAGCCCUAAAAAACACAUUUUGAUACACUCCAGGCUGUGUUUGUUUUUCAGAAGUUCAGACAGUUCAAACUGAAGCAGUUGAGUUUAAAUGUCAGCUAUUUAUUAUGCAAAAUUAUGAUAAGUGGUACUUUGUGUAAAUGAAUCUAACUAUCCAAAUGUGCAAGAUAAAUCACUUCAGAGACUGUGUGCAGAUGUAAACGAUAAAUGCUAGUUUUCUAUUUUGUGCAUUAUAUUUAAUAUAUGACAUCAGUUGUGUCUGUUGGUGUGUAUGCAAUUUAAUUUAAGAGUGAUAUCAGUUUUGUUUCUGAAGAAGUAGUUGCAUGGCCAACACAUGGAUGAAAGACACAUUUUGAUCUGUGGAAUAAAUAAGCUGUUUACUUUAAAGCCUCA